AUGCCAACAUUAAUACCCUCAGUUUCUCUGGAUGGGGCUUCUUAUACUGAGCUCGGCAACAAAGGCCAGCGAAAGUACUCCAAAUUGGGGACGCUUUCCUGCAUUUCUCUUAUCACCAACAAGAUGAUAGGAACUGGUCUCUUCAGUACACCGUCAAUCAUAUUCAAAUACUGUGAUGGAAAUGUGCCUCUUUUCCUUUCACUCUGGCUUUUGGGAGCUUUGAUCAUCUUCUCUGGCCUACUCAUAUAUCUUGAAUUUGCAUUGAACCUCCCGUUCAAAAACGGCGGAGAAAAGAACUACUUACUUCGAGUCUUCCGCAAUCCAAAAGGAUUGAGCGGUUGUGUGUACGCAUUUCAAAUGGUAUUUUUGGGCUUCAGUUCGGGCAACUCUUUUGCCUUUGGCAAGUACAUUUGGUAUGCCUUUAGCGGCGAGCAAGCAGAAGAUGAUGCAUGGGUAGCCAAAAUCAUUGGUGUGGGCUGUAUUACAUUUUGUAUAUGGCUUCACAUCAAAUAUCCAAACCAGGGAACUGCCCUUUUCAAUUUCCUUGGAGUUUUCAAGAUCAUCAUUCUUUUCCUCAUCAUUGGCAUUGGCUCUCUUGUAGCAGUCGAUGCAAUCCAAGUCAGCGUUGAAGACAAUACGCUUCCCAAAUAUGUCCAUAAAUCGUCCAACGACUUCUACUCGAUAUCAGUGGCAUUAUUGGAAAUUGUCUACUCCUUUAAGGGCUGGGAGAAUGCCAACUACGUUCUUCUGGAGAUUUCAGACCCAUACCAUGUGCUUACUAUAGCCGCUCCUAUGGCAGUUUUGUUGGUUACAGUACUUUAUUUUUUGGUGGUGGUUAGCUAUCUUAUUGUGAUUCCAAAAGAUGAGUUGCUUUCUAGUGGAGUUUUGGUUGCCGGGAUAUUUUUCAACAAGGUUUUCGGCCAAUCAGUGACUACAAGGGUGCUUCCAAUUUUGAUUUCUCUUCUGACUUUGGGAAAUGUCAUGGUUGUGUCGUUUGCCCACUCACAUGUCAAUCAGGAGUUGGCACUUAACAACUACUUGCCCUUUUCUGGGUAUUUUCAUGAUUUGAACCACUCCCUCAUAUUACACUGGGCUAUCAGUGUCUUCAUCUUGGUCGCUCCGCCAAGUGCAGAGAUAUACGAGUUCGUGGUGAACCUCUACAUUUAUCCUGGCACUUGGAUCAACGUCUUGAUUACUGUCGGGUUAAUAUAUUUGAAGUUGAACAGCAAGAAGGAGAAUUGGGGCCACUUCAAUUUCGUGGAGGAUUUGGAAGUCUACGAGGGUGAUCUUCCUUCGCCCGGUCUUUCUCUUUCUCCUUCGGGAUCCAUUCAAAACUACAAUCCAAACUUGCGCGAUUCCAAUGAAGUAGAGGAUGACAUGACCCAACUGAUACUCUCAGUACAUUCAAGCCAUUUCAAAUCUUCGCAUAAAAGCUUUUCGGCACCAUGGGUGUGUGUGAUUUUGUUUUUAUUUGCCAAUCUCUUUUUAGCAUUACUUCCAUUCUUCCCACCUCCGAAGUCUUACCAGUCUGGCUCAAUUCCUUAUUGGUGUUUUCCAGUCGUAGGUACUGGGUGCAUUCUUCUGGGAGGAGUAUUCUUCUAUACUAGAAGAGCAUAUUACAGACGCAGCGGAAAAUCCGGGCCACAUUACAUUGAGUGA